AUUUAAUCAUUCUGUUGUGUAAGAUAAAAACGUUGGUUAUUUCCAUUACACUUUGAGUCAAACAUUGUCCAUUAGCUUAUUUAUUCUGGUAAGUAAGAUUCUUUGAAAACGUAAGCUUUUAUAAUUUGAAAUUCGUCAAUGUAAAUUGGGUCUACUUAUGAAAAUAAUUUUAAAAAUUAUUGUUUCAGAGCGUUGUCGUGUGACUACUGUUAUACCCUUAAUGUGCAUCGUAGUAGCAUCAACAAUUAAUUGGUCUACUCGAAAACUAAUUCAUUGUUUCUAAGAAGCUGUAACAGGUCGUGUAAUAUGUGAAAUUAUUUCAGCUAUUCAGUGAGAAAAUGUGUGUAUUAAAUAGAUUUUUGUGAUUGUGGUUUGUCGGUAUUUUGUUCAAAGUCAUAAGCGAUUUGAAGUUCAGUUGUCAGCAAAAAAAAAAAAUUGUGCUUCGUUAUGAUGCAAGUGAACCAGACUCUGAAAUUUGUUUAUAUAAUGUGAAGUCAACUGUUGAGUGAAUUUCCUUACGGAAUAAAAUUCCGUAGCGAUCGUGUUGCACUUAAUUCAUCGCUAUCAGUUUACUUACGAGUAAAAUAGAUUUUAUUCAUACUUUGAUAUACGAAGAAAUUAGUACUUCGGGGUCACUGGCUCCUGAUGUUUGGCUCCUUGUCGCUUCUUCCCCCGACGUUGGCAAGGAUUUUUAACGCGAUAUUGACGCAUCUUGUGGCGUAGCAGAGAAUCUCCAUGCGUGCAUGUGCGUGAGGUUAAAUCUUGACAAUCAUGACUGGCUUGAUAGAAAAAAUUGUUGAGUAACGAAUUCUAUUUGAUUUUUGUGUAGUAUGAGGUGUACUCAAUAAGAGUACCUCUUGUGGAUUUGUUGCCUAGGCGUGUGAACUUAGUUGAGUUCACGUACUGGUGAAGAGCGCGGCCCACCGGCCGGGUUCCGGUGAGGUUUGAUUGUCCGAGGAAGUCAAAAGCCUGAGGAUGGCGACGUACCGAGGCACGCGGCAGCACUGCUACCUCUGCGACCUGCCCCGCAUGCCCUGGGCGAUGAUACACGAGUUCUCUGAGCCCGUGUGUCGUGGGUGUGUUAACUACGAGGGUGCAGACCGUAUAGACCUGGUGUUGGAGGCAGCACGGCAUAUGAAGAGAGCACACGGCCUCGUGGAGGCUCGUGUACACGACUCACGAGUCCAGAACAGUCACCAUCAUCAUCACCAACCUUCACAGCCUCCUCCGCCUCACCAACAACAGCACCCGGCCGCUGUUGCAACGGCUUCAGUGCCACAACAGCCUCAGCCUCACCACCAGCACCACCCGUCCUCGCAGCACAAGCCACACACCAGAGAGGUCCACCAGAACGGCGUUCAUCCCGUCAAGAUGGAGCCUGGCAUUAAAAUGGACGUCAAGAACGACAACCACCACAACAGCACACAAGCCCCACCACCUCCCCAACACGUCACUUACGUCACCACCAGCGACAGGUCCCGGGGACCUGGUGUUACUCCCCACAUGAUCGCCACCGCCGCCCCAUUCAUCCACCGAACUGAGGAGGUCUCCGGUCACCCGUCUCAUGGACCCCCACCCCCAUCUCUAGUGAGACCCCCCGCACAUCUGCCCCCUCCUCCCCAACACAGGCCCCAGAAGCGUUCCUUCGAGUGGGAAGAAGGAGCCAACGAUGCUUGCAAGCGAACUCUGUUGGAGGAUAACAUUUCUGUGGGGAGUGGGGCAGGAGGGAGUGGAGGUGGUGUUGGGAGGCCGCCGCUCACGCGUGGGGAGAGCUUGCCUGCGGUGCCGUACAAGGACCAGAACAACAAACAUGUUCCUGUCAGAGUCUGGAGUGUUGAUGCCACUGCAAAACCUAACGCAGGCGAACCACGCAGACGGUCAUCAGGAAAUAACAACAGCAAUAACAACAAUUGCUAG